GAUGAGGGAGGGGGGAGCAGAAGAAGACUACUGCCGGAUUCCGUCUCAGGUGUGUGGUUCAGCUUUCUGGAGAUAAAAAUGAGCUCUGCACGAUGUCUUCACCACCUUCUGUUUUCUGUCAGCAUCCUCUUGGCUGUUACCUUUGGUACCCCUUCCAUUUCAAAUCCUCUUGGCCGGAACAUUCCUGAUAAUCGUAAUGCUACAAGCUCAGAUCUCAAUGGUACUACACAGUUGCCAAUCAGCUCCACCCAGAGUGGCUCCAUCAGCCCAACGGCUUUCCCAAGCUCCACCCAGCUCAAUGUUGUCACAACGCCGAUUACUCAAGACUCUACCAGCAACAGCACUGUAACUGCAACAAAUUUGCCCAGCUCCACCAAGGAGAGCAUUAGCACCACGGAGACGUCUCUGAACUCCACCCCAGACGAUCCCAAUGCCACAGCAACAACACUGCUGUCCGAAACUACAGCCUUGGCUCAUACCACUGGUUUUACCACUCCCUCAAAUUCAUCAACCAAUCAGCCACAGCCUGCUUCAACUGCUACCUCCAUAUCAGCAUCAACCAGCCAAGUGGACCACACAACUCUCACAGCCACUGGCAUAUCAACAGCCAAGCCCCCACCUAGCACCACCACAAAUUCCACCACGCAAGUUGAGGGUAAGCCACACGAGCUCAGCUAUUCCGAAAAAGCCAUGACGAUUUUCUUCAGCGUUCUGCUUGGGGUGGCCAUUUUGGCGGUGGUUGUGUACAGCCUUACCAGAUGCCGACGGGAGGGGACCCAGUUCAUGCACAGACCCCUCUACAACAAUUCAGAGGAGCCUGGUGAGCAGCUUUCUGGAUUCUCUGGAGCGGACAGAUAUGUGGCUCGCGACGACACCCUGGUCAUAUCUGGGGGGCUGUACGAUGGCCCUGAGGUCUUUAACCCCGCGAUGACCACAGAAGAAGACGUAGGAUUCCACUCUGACCAGCUUCCAUACGCCCCCGGACCGGCACAGUUCCGCCUGGAGUUCCUCCCUGAUGACCGAGAGAGGUCCCCCAACCACAUGGCCUCUACGUUCGAAACCUUUCAGCCCCUCGAAGAUGAACCCUAAAGAACAGUAAAGAUGAAAUGCCAAGUACUGGUUUAUAGACUUUCCUCAAUGUUUCCCAAAACCUGGUUAAAAUCCCCAUUCCUGCCCAUGCUCUUACUGCUCACUAAAGACCUCAUUGUAUUG